UUUUUAAUUACAAGUAAUAUUUUUGAAUUCUUAAAACCGUUUGAACUCCAAAUAGUAGUUAAAAAUCACACAAAAUAAAUGCACCAAAUUCAUACGGUUAAUAACCGAACCACAAAAUAAAAACCGCACCGCAAAAAUAACCGUCUAACCGCACCACAAAUAUAACCGCUCUAAACGGUUUUGAAAAUGGAUUAGCCGCAUUUGCAGUUAAUGGUGAGGUUCUGACCAAUAACCGGACCGAACCGUACCGUGUUCAUCCCUACCCGUUAGUAACUAUGUCCACAAUACCAUUUUAAGAAUGACACUUAAAAAUUAUAAAAGAAUAUGGACUAAACUAAACCCUAAGGGCCGUUCUUGUAAUUUACUCUAAAAAUUGAAUGCGGGCCGGGCUCUUUCAAUCUAGCGACCACCGGUCCAGCGGACUAUAAACGCAAAAACGUUCAAAAUUAUGAACUAAUAUCAAAAUAUACAAUUUUGGAAUUUUAGGAGUCAUGACGAGGGAGGAACCAAACUAAUGAACAUGCAGAAAUGGGUUAUCAACUACCCGGCGAAAAUGGUUACCAAGAGUCUUUCAACACAUACAUACACUGGUUGGUUUGAUGGUGAAUGACAAGAUUCAAUCUCCAUGAAACCACCAUAAAUCAAUAUUUCACAAUCAUACUCUGUUUUCACUGGAGAUUUUCAUCAAACACCGGUGGCAAGAGUUUCCAUAACAGUUGGCCAGUCACAUGGUCAUCUGAUCACUGAAAACCUACUCUUUCAUUAUCCUAUCUACGAUUUUUCGACCUUGAGAGAGGGAGAGAGACAGAGACAGAGAUCAAGAAGGAAGAAUAUAUAGAGAGAAAUGGCUAGCAUUGCAGCCGCUUGUUCUACUGGUUUGAUUUUUAGAAGCAAGGAUUCAGAAAACAAUAAAGCUUCUAUGCUUCAACAUAAUGGUUUUAGAGCUUCAAAAUCUAGAGCAAUCAAGUGCAUGGCGACACAAACCGUUUCACCUCCUAAAAGAGAAACAGACCCAAAGAAGAGGAUUGUGAUUACAGGAAUGGGAGUUGUUUCUGUGUUUGGUAACGACGUUAACACAUUCUACGACAAACUUCUCGAGGGUGAAAGCGGAAUAACCCUAAUAGACAAAUUCGAUGCUUCAACAUUCACUGUUCGUUUCGCCGGUCAAAUUCGCAAUUUUUCAUCGGUAGGCUACAUCGACGGUAAAAACGACCGGCGUCUUGAUGACUGCUGGAGGUAUUGUCUAGUUGCUGGCAGAAAAGCUCUCGAUGAUGCAAACCUCGGCCAACAAAUUCUCGAAACUAUGGAUCGAACGAGGAUAGGAGUCGUUGUGGGAUCAGGGAUGGGAGGUAUGACAACAUUUAGCAAUGGUGUGGAAGCACUGAUUCAAAAAGGGUUCAAGAAGAUCACUCCGUUUUUCAUUCCUUACUCGAUUACAAACAUGGGAUCUGCAUUAUUGGCGAUAGAUAGAGGGUUAAUGGGGCCAAACUACUCAAUUUCAACAGCUUGUGCGACUGCAAACUAUUGCUUUUAUGCGGCAGCGAACCAUAUCAGAAGAGGAGAAGCGGAUAUCAUGGUCGCCGGUGGAACCGAAGCUGCGGUUAACCCUACAGGUGUCGGCGGUUUUAUAGCCUGCAGGGCUUUGUCGCAACGAAACGACAAACCCCACAAAGCUUCUCGACCAUGGGACCAAGAUCGUGAUGGUUUUGUCAUCGGUGAAGGUGCAGGCGUCCUGAUAAUGGAAAGCUUGGAGCAUGCAAGUAAAAGAGGAGCCAAUAUUAUUGCUGAAUAUUUGGGUGGAGCCAUAACAUGUGAUGCUCAUCAUAUGACAGAUCCUCGUAAAGAUGGACUUGGAAUUUCUUCUUGCAUCACCAAAUGUUUACAAGAUGCUGGUGUUUCUCCUCAAGAGGUGAAUUACGUGAAUUGUCAUGCAACAUCAACCCUAGCUGGAGAUUUGGCUGAGGUUAAUGCCAUUAAAAAGAUCUUCAAGUGUACAUCUGAAAUGAAAAUGAAUGGCACAAAGUCAAUGAUCGGACAUGGCCUUGGAGCUGCUGGUGGAUUGGAAGCCAUUGCAUGCAUAAAAGCAAUCAACACUGGCUGGCUACACCCUACGAUUAAUCAAGAUAACUUGGAGCCUCAAGUUGAUAUCGAUACUGUCCCAAAUGUUAAGAAACAGCAUGAGGUCAACGUGGCCAUAUCCAACUCAUUUGGAUUCGGUGGUCACAAUUCUGUUGUUGCAUUCGCUCCUUUCAAGCACUAA